GAGAAACCGGCGCGUCCCCGCCCGCCCGGCCGUCAGCUGAUGGGCCGCCGGCCGGGGAGGUCGCCGCCGCCGCCGCCGCCGCCGCCGCGCGAACAUGGCGGCCGAGAUCCACUCCAGGCCGCAGAGCAGCCGCCCGGUGCUGCUGAGCAAGAUCGAGGGACACCAGGACGCCGUCACGGCCGCGCUGCUCAUCCCCAAGGAGGACGGCGUGAUCACCGCCAGCGAGGACAGAACCAUCCGAGUAUGGCUGAAAAGAGACAGUGGUCAAUACUGGCCCAGCAUUUAUCACACAAUGGCCUCUCCUUGCUCUGCCAUGACUUACCAUCAUGAUAGCAGACGGAUAUUUGUGGGCCAGGAUAAUGGAGCUGUAAUGGAAUUUCACGUUUCUGAAGAUUUUAAUAAGAUGAAUUUUAUCAAGACCUACCCAGCUCACCAGAACCGGGUGUCUGCGAUUAUCUUCAGCUUGGCCACCGAGUGGGUGAUCAGCACGGGCCACGACAAGUGCGUCAGCUGGAUGUGCACUCGCAGCGGCAACAUGCUCGGGAGGCACUUCUUCACCUCCUGGGCUUCCUGCUUGCAAUAUGAUUUUGAUACCCAGUAUGCUUUUGUUGGAGAUUAUUCUGGACAGAUCACCCUGCUGAAGCUUGAACAGAACAGCUCCUCAGUUAUUACAACUCUCAAAGGACAUGAAGGUAGUGUUGCCUGCCUCUGGUGGGACCCUAUUCAGCGGUUACUCUUCUCAGGAGCAUCUGACAACAGCAUCAUCAUGUGGGACAUCGGAGGGAGGAAAGGCCGGACGCUCCUGCUUCAGGGCCAUCAUGACAGGGUACAGUCGCUUUGUUACCUUCAGCUCACGAGGCAGCUUGUUUCUUGUUCCUCCGAUGGUGGAAUUGCAGUGUGGAACAUGGAUGUUAGCAGAGAAGAGGCUCCUCAGUGGUUAGAAAGUGAUUCUUGUCAGAAAUGUGAACAACCUUUUUUCUGGAAUAUAAAGCAGAUGUGGGACACUAAGACACUGGGGUUAAGACAGCAUCACUGCAGGAAGUGUGGGCAGGCCGUCUGUGGGAAGUGCAGCAGCAGGCGCUCUAGUUACCCUGUCAUGGGCUUCGAGUUCCAAGUCCGGGUUUGUGACUCCUGUUAUGACUCCAUCAAAGACGAAGAUCGGACUUCUCUGGCAACCUUUCAUGAAGGAAAACAUAACAUUUCCCACAUGUCCAUGGACGUUGCUAGGGGACUAAUGGUGACCUGUGGGACAGAUCGUGUUGUAAAGAUAUGGGACAUGACACCUGUGGUUGGUUGCAGUCUGGCAACUGGAUUUUCUCCACAUUGACCCCAGAACUGAGUGAUUUAUGCACCUUACAAACAGCAACCUUCACCAAAUGAAAUCCUUUCCAUGUAGCUCCACAGUCACUGUCAUGUGAAUGGAUAGUAGCUGCUUAAAAACAAAUCAGCAUUUUUAAAAAGACAAAACAUGUCAAGGUGUGUUUUGGGUACCCGUGGAACUACCUGUGGGGACUAAUAUGGAAACGGUUUACCUGUAAUGGCUCCUUGAGGAAUGAAAUUACAUCAACAUAAUUUCCUUGUGAACAGUGAGCUGGUGUGUAUUGAAAGAAUAAUCUAGCAAAUGAGAGUUUUAGAGGGAAAAAGACUGAACCCAAAAGAUAAUGGCUCAGAACUUUCUCAAAGCAGUUCCAAGUACAAGCACACUCCUACUCAGACCGGGUGACUUUCAGAGGGCUCCUUGUGGUGAUCUGUGGUUGCAGCAGGAAUUAGGGGAAGGAAAAUUUGUUCUCUCUUUCUUGAGGGGUGGCAAUAGGAAUUAAAGAAACCAGAGAUUUCUCCUUA